CAACAUAGCGAACAUACAGUACAAAUGCGAACGUACGGCGUGUCAAAUGCAGUGUGCAUCGCUGUUUCCUAUAAGUCGAAGACGGCGAAAUGAUGAUAUAUGUACGUCGUCUGUGAGAGAGGAGAAAUAGCUGCUGCUCUCGAAAUUCUUUCGCUCGACAGACUUGGACAGAUAUUAAAAAUAUUACACACCGUUGUGAAGAAGUUAUAGCGGGGAUUUGAGAAGUGUUAUAGCUGCGCGCGCCGGGAUGAUGACUUGACCGCGCAGUAAAUGCUUGCAGAGCUGUAUUUAAAUAUUUGCGGUUAGCCUGUAGCCUGUUAUCUUACCCCUGACGAUUGUGUCUGCUUCAUCUUAUCAAUUUAUCCAAUUUAUCAGCGUGAUUUAUUGGUGAAAGAAAAGAGUAUCAGACAUCCUGCUCCCUGAUUGGCCGACUAUCACUACUAUCAUCAAUACUGGUUGUUCAUUCGGCACACAAGAGUGUAUUGCUGAGAUUUUUCUUGUACAUUUCUCUCUUCGCUGGUUAUCGGGACACACAACUCUCCGCUUUGCACUAACCUGGCGUACAAAUCGGAAGCAUUUCUUGUUUAUGGCAAUAGAACAGUAUAACGAGUGAAUUUAUGGUUAUACUCUGCGUAUAUCGUUUUGAAGUUCUAAUUUACAUGACGGCUGCACGUCAACGUAGUUCAUGAUUGACGGCAGCGUCGUGACGAGCCGUGCAUGUGCGCCUGCCAGUGUUUUUGGAAGGCCAACACUAGCGCAUAUAUUCCUCUUAGUAGAUAUUUUUUGUUGAUUAAUUCUCCAACUGGCGGUUGGAGACAGGCAAGUUAAUUUAUUUGUAUUCUCGGAGCGGAAAUCAUGUAUCAUUAUGACACUGAUCCACUGCAUCAUCAGACACCGGUUUAUGGAAAUUCGGUAGUAACAUCCGCCGUAGCAGACAGGCAUGUGGCAGCCGGCAUGUACGGUGCCGCUGCUGCGGGAGUAAGUGGCUACAAUUCCCCGCCAGGACUAGCAAAUGCCCAGCCACAAUAUGCCGUUACCAAUAACCAUUGUCCGCAGUCGGCUACUGUGGAUGCUCAUAAACGCGAUAAGGAUGCCAUUUAUAGUCAUCCACUUUUUCCGCUGUUAACAAUGAUCUUUGAAAAAUGCGAGUUGGCUACUUGUACACCGCGAGAUUCAACAGUAGCGGGCGGUGAUGUGUGUUCAUCGGAAUCGUUUAACGAGGAUAUCGCCACGUUUGCCAAACAUUUACGUUCGGACAACUGCAAAGCAUCCUUUUUCAACUCAACGGACGAACUGGAUAAUUUGAUGAUUCAAUCUAUUCAAGUGCUCCGUUUCCAUUUACUGGAACUAGAAAAGGUCCAUGAGUUGUGUGACAAUUUUUGUACACGUUAUAUCGGCUGCUUGAAAGGCAAAAUGCCUAUUGACUUGGUGAUCGACGACCACGAUGGGGGCACGCCGACUCCAUCACGAGCCAACAGUAAUGACGGGGUCAGCUCCGAUGGUGAAGGGGAAAGUAACGGUGCCUUUUCGGAAAAUGCUAAUUUACCUGACAAUCAUCACGCCACAACAGGAACCACCUCCGCUGCCACAUUACCUCAUCAUAUGCCGGCCGUAUCGUCAGCCGGUAGCGGUGUAAUGCAGUCGUCGCCCGGUGUCGGAUUGCUGGGUGUCAGCAGUAACAAUAUUAAUGGUCAACGCAUGACCCAUCAUCCGGGACAAAUCGCUGGCAAUCAUGAUCGUCAGAACGAGCAGAACGCUUCACCCAGUUCCGUAUCGUACAAUCACCACGGGAGUGAUUCUCAGGCCAUGAAUGACCCUCAAGGUUCUCCCGUAAACGCCGUGCCACAGCCGGCUGUUAAUCACCUCCAGAAUCCUUCUCCUCACCCUCAUCUCCACAAUUCCAACAGUCGACCUAUCAGUCAGAGCAAUCACGCUUUUGACAAUAUGAGCGAAACAGGGGAUGGUAGCAUGUGUUCCGGAGAAAAUGCCGAUGGCGAGGAUGAUGAUGAUGAGCGAAGCAAAAAGCGCCAGAAGAAACGCGGCAUUUUUCCUAAAAUGGCUACAAACUGCAUGAGGGCGUGGCUGUUUCAGCAUUUACAGCAUCCAUAUCCAUCCGAAGAGCAGAAAAAGUCCCUGGCUCAGGACACCGGAUUAACGAUUCUCCAAGUUAACAACUGGUUCAUCAAUGCCAGACGGAGGAUUGUUCAACCGAUGAUCGAUCAAUCUAAUCGCGCAGGCAAGUCUCCUGUGGUGACUGUUUUCAAGUCGCGCCGGAGAAAGUCUUCCUCAGGUCAAUCUCCAGGUCCCUCCCCCGGGCCUCACAGUGCCUACAGUCCCGAUCCUUCCGGCCUGAUGCAGGGCUAUGCGCAGCAGCCGCCGUUAGGAAUGGCCGGUUAUCCUCAAAUGCAUGAUUCCUGGUCAACGCAGAAUGCCGCACAGCAUCUGUACCACAGCCAAGCGCCGUCAUUCUAUCCUCCACCGCAUCACAUGAUGAUGGCCGCUCAUCCCUUUCAAAGCAUGCACGGAAUGGAUCCCAGUCAGUGUAUGGAUCUUCACGGCUAGAAACCACCACGGUUUCCCGCUAAAUCUGGAGCGUUCCUACGCUUGCUGUUCAUCAUCUGAAAAAUUCUAAGGGGGGACGCCCACAUCGUCAUAUGGCUCAGGCAAAUGCAGACAGCAUUAUUGGUGGUGACCACGGAUAUACACUGUCUAUGUUCGUUAUAACGUGGUCGGCCUUUCUCUGGAAAUAAUUAUUUGGAAAUUACGCUUAGGAAAAAACCCUGUGCAAGACUAAAGGAGAACAGAACUAUGUAUUUUUAUUAGUAGCGGUACUGAAUUAUGCCGCAUUUUUCAAAUAUGUAGGAAAAUCAAUAAUUCGUGCAGAAAAACGUUGGGUAAUGAGAAAAACUAACCUCAUCUUGGUCGCAAUGCGCAAAUGACCGUAUAGGAUUUUUGUACAAUAAAAUGUCGCA